UCAACCUUCAAGGUUCAUGUUCUCAACUUCAUCUCGCGUCGCUUCAUCUCAUUGACGCGUCACCCAGUUCUAAAUUUCACAUUAAUUGUAUACCCAUUUUGUGGUUUUUUCAUUGGCAUUCAUAGUUGCAUGUCGUUCAUUGUCAUUGAGCAUUUGGAUUUUGGUCUUAAUGGACUAUUAUUCUACAUCUGAAUGCUUCGUUGAAAUUUAAUAUCAAGAUUCAACACAAAAACAAAGGCGGAUAAAGUGUAUCCAAUUAGUGGAUACUAUAUAAGUUUUCUUAACAUCUGGGCAAGGAAGAUAACGCACUACCUACCUUCUCAUUUUACUGGUCACUAAAAGGAGGCUUCCCCUAAUCCGAAGCAGCCUCCUACAAUGUCGAGAGAUCACAUCGAUUUGACCACCGUGUCAGACUCUGACAACGCUGAUGCUGAUCUCACGCUUCGUACUCCACGGAGAGGUAGACAGUCGCAAUCUCAGUCACAGUCACAAUCACAGCCAGGAUCGCGUACACGCAAGCUGGCGAGUCCGUCACUGCCAGAUCGACAAUCAGCAACCUCAUUACCGUUACGUGAAGGUUCUACAUCUAUCCAUGCCACAACACCCUCCCAGUCCGCAAAGAAGUCCGCAUCGAAGUCUGCCAGCUUAGAUGGCAAGAUGGCUUCACUACCACCAAAGCCCGCCGGUAGUAUCAAUAAUGAACAAGACGCUACGCCUUCGUCAACUCAUCAUCAUUCACCCUCAGUUCACCGUACACCUAAAACUCAAACCCCAAGGAAAGUUGAUUGGACCACCGAUAAGCUGGAGCAGGCUUUGCGAGAAUUGUCGGAUGAGAUAGGCACAGAAGGGGCCAAACUUACUGCACGUCUGAUUCACAUGGCCUGGAAAAAGGAAGCACCUAAACAGCAAUUCCCUAGCAAGAAGGAUUGGUUCGCUGAUAUGAAGCGCAUCCCGGUGGAAACAGCCACAAAAUCAUCGGAUACGAUGAGAAUCAGGACAAAGCAAGUCGGACAAGGUAGAUCUGGAAAGCAAGAGAAGCGUGCACAUCAUCAAGUCAUAUGCAUUAAGACUAAUGCCGCCACCGUCCCUCCUUAUGGCUUCCAUCACGUUGAGAUUAGGAAAAACAUACUAUCUCCAAAUACUAUGCUUACUUAUGUCCCUCACCUACGUGAUUUAGCAGACAACGAAGAAGGCGUAUACCGUCGAUGGCUCGAGAACUUGGAAAAUAUGGACAAGACUUCUGGGUUCGCCACACUCAGUAGACACCAAAAAGUGACCAAGACAAUUCAGAAGGAACGCGCCACAACCCUAUUAUUGUAUCUUGAAUCCUGGCUCGAUAGGCUUAAGAUUGAAAACUGCACAAAGACAACUCUCAUCCGUUAUAUGGCAAGUCAAGGAGAUAACGUAACUCCUCAGCAAAAGUCAAGUAUUUUGCACUCAUAUAGCGAAGACUUUGGCUCGCCAUGCUCGGCCAAGGCUGUUCGAAUUUUCACGGAAGCAUUUGAUCGAGUUUUUAACUCGCCAGCUCUACGUGAGCGCGCUGUACCUCUGCGCGAUGUUCUGUUGCUGGACAAGUCCGUUGAUACUAUCGUUGAUUCUAAAAAAUGGAUGAAGGAAACCCCUGGCGGGUCUAAAGUCUCCGAGGAACACCCAACCGUCGAAUCAUUUCUGGAAACAUACGCAUUACUUGGCUGUCUAAUUUGCACCAGUCAUUCUUGCGAACAUGGCGAAUAUGGUGUUGAUAAUGAGCGGAAACGAUUCUCAGUUGAAGUGAUUGGUGGCCUACAACCUCUGAUUCGCCAACAGCUUACGCAGAGAUUAAAAGAGAGAGGCGAGGAGAGCCCCACGCAUACGCAUGGCAAACCGAGCCCUUGCAGCGAAGAUUGCUACUUGAAUAGACGACCGGGAACACGGGCCCGAGGAUGGAGUGAAAGUGAGUCCAUGCUCCUCAGAGCAUUCUUCUCGACACUGAGCAACACUAGCAUACCAGUACAAUGCGCUACUGCUGUGGCCACAGGGAGACCAUGUUGGGAUGUCAACCGCCAGCUUGAUAAGCUUGGCCUGUCUCUUCCGAGCGCAUCUCCAACGCCCCCAGUUCAGGUCAAGCCGCUACCUUGGUACGAUAGGAAAAAGAAAAUGUUGAUAGGAGAUUGGCAUGAGCAAACCAACACCCAUGAACAUCAGAGAAAGGAUUUCUUCGAUCCGUGCAACCAUGAUGGACCGUGCACAUCCAAGAACUGUGGGUGUGUGCAGAAUCAUAUCAUGUGUGAACGUUUCUGCCGCUGUACAGCGGCCAUUUGCGCCAAUAAGUUCACAGGUUGUGCGUGUCAUUCUCAAGGAAAGACAUGCCAUUCGAAGCAAAAAGAUCGGCCCUGUAUUUGUGUCCAGCUGAACCGUGAAUGUGAUCCUGCCUUGUGUGGGAGUUGUGGUGCGUCCGAAAGAGCGAACCCGGUGAACGCGGACAACGAUGCACUAUAUGCUACUGGAUGCCAAAACUGCACAUUACAAAGAGGUAAGUCCAAGUCGCUCAUGCUUGGAAAAUCCAAGAUUGCCGGUUAUGGGCUCUUUGCGACGGAGGACAUUGCCCAGGACGAGUUCGUGAUCGAAUAUGUUGGUGAACUUAUCAGCCAAGAUGAAGGAGUGCGCCGCGAGGCACGCCGUGGAGAUGUAUUUGACGAAUCAUCUAAUUCAUCAUAUCUUUUUACUCUUUUGGAGCAGGAGGGCAUCUGGGUUGAUGCUGCUAUUUACGGUAACCUCAGUCGCUACAUCAAUCACCAGGAGACUAACUGCAAUGUCACCCCCCGUAUCUUAUAUGUGAAUGGCGAAUACCGCAUUAAGUUUACUUCUUUGCGGGAAAUCAAGGCAGGAGAGGAGUUAUUCUUUCAUUACGGUGAAAACUUCCCCAACCUGACCAAGAAAUUGUUGCAAGAAGAAAAGGCGGAGAAGAAACGACGGAAGGCCAAGGAGCAGGCUCGGAAAAAGGAACAAGAUGGUGGCGAGAAACAGAGGAAGAAGCCUGGUCGCAAGCCAGGUAGAAAGCCAGGACGUAAACCAGGCCCGAAACCGAAGAAGAAGACGUUCGCCAAAGUAGAUUCAGACCCGGAAGAUGACGAUGCUCUCGAACCUUCGGAGGAGCCAUUCCCCGAUAUUGAUAUUACAAAGUCGCGAAAGCGCAAGCGUGGUCUUCUCGAAGAUGAUUCGGACGAGGGUGAGUACCACCCAACGACCGAUUCUCAGGAUGAUGUGAUGGUUGAUAUUGGUGAAGGAUCGCCCUCUCAGAAGGCAUCCCGUUUUAGGAAACGACUAGGAGCACCGAAGGCAAGGAAAGGCUUCCCUACAAAGCGCCAAAAGGUAGACGAGGACCUCGAUGAGAAUGAUGACGACGACGAUGAUGAUGAUGAUGAUGAGCCUGGGAUUACGCCAUCGAAGCGCCAACGCAAAAAGACGCGCAAACUUCUGGACGAUGCCACCCUCCCUGAGAUAGACGAAGCCUUGGUAGUCGAAACCAAACCUGUGGUUGUACCUAAGCGACGGGGCAGGAAGCCGAAACAUCUGAAGGAAAAGGAAGCUGCUGAGGCCGCCGCCGCAGCUGCCGCGAAGGAAGCUAAGGGGCGCGAAGGAGAUACGGUAGUUAUUAGUGGCCAACGCGAAUCCGCUCCCAGCCCACGCAGCGCUCCAGGCAACGGUUCGGGGAGUGCUCCAGGCAGCAGCAGCCGAUUGAAGCGCACGGAAGCCAGGCUCGAACACGACUCUGACUCGGUAGCCAACGAGGACACGCCGUCACGUAUUCGUACCCGAGGGCAGUUAAAAGAGGCGAUAGAAUCCAGUCCGCUAUCGACUCCAGAUUCUAAUAUCGAUUACCCCGAGCUCGAACUAUCUGGCUCAGAUAUUCGACCGAUAUCUAAAAGAGGCCGCCCUAGGAAAGCGGCACAUGGUGAUGACGAGUAUAAUGGAAGUAGCUGGCAGGAUAGUGAUGGUGUCCGACACCAUGGUGGCGGCAUCGAAACCGACGAUAGUGACGACGAUUUCCCGAUUGAUCGCUCCAGGACGAGGCGCAAACCGGCCAGGUAUGAAGACUAGACCCCGUGAAUAGGGGCUGCUUUUUUGUUAUUACUGAGUUGAUUUGCGAUGUUUUUUUUCAGAGGCAAUUCGCCGCCAGGAGGACGUGAAGGCUCAAGUCUCAACCAUGAUGUCCCGGUCGGCCCAAACAUCAUCGAUCAUCGCCCGACUCAGCACAAAUCAAGCUCGCUCGCUCGCCCCCCUAGCCUUGAGAAAAGUGUAUAGUAAAUAGGUAUAGCUAUGGGAAGAGAGAUAUUGGUACCCUGAUAAAUUAAUGUGGCUACGAGGUUCUCCGCGAGGCUACCUAGAUAUGGAAUCUACAACUCUGCCUACCUACCUAGGCUCGGAUAAUAGCUAAUAUAUCGAGCUUUAGUUGAUCUGGUGCCUUUUCUUUUCGUGUUUAUUCUGAAUUGCUGAUGUAGGCUGGAUAGAUGUCUAAGCCCCUACCUAAAUUACCCAAGAUUUUCGAUAAUACAUACUAUAUGUACAGGGUAGAUAACUAUUAUUAAGGAGGCUCCCUUUUAGGCAUUGGAGUUUAGGUGCUGUUAUUAUGAUUCAUGGCUCUUCACAUACCUAGAACAUACCUAGAGAUAUAGAUGGUCUAAGGAGUAGGUACCUAUGUAUGUAUGGCAGCAGCGGAUAUAUGUACCUAAUAGAGGCAUCGAGGAGAGGUAUCCAUGUAUACAAAGUAUAGGUACAUGUACCUACCUAACUUCUU